UCUUCUGUACGCUAAGAAGUAACAACCAUUUAUAACGGCGUAAAGUGCUUCUCAUCGUCAGUUACUACGGAAAACCCAGCGUGGAGAGAUCAACAUUUGCUUUUGAAACCGGGAUUAACACUCUUGCACUUAAAGUAUCUCUGGCAAAGCAUGAUCACUCCGACCAUGCUCCGACCAUAACAACGAUGACCUGGGUCGCUGUUUCUCUAUUUACGCGAAGUUCACGGCCAUUCGAAUGUUGACGAGUUUUCUCUCCAGAGGUAUCUAGUAGGAGGCCUUUCUAACGUGAUUCCAACUCAACAGAGUCUUAGUAAAAUACAAAAUAUUUCAAUAUAGUAUUUUUGAUCAAACGUAUCGACGUUGCUGUUCUUUUCAUCGUAGGUGAAAAAUAAGGUUAAGUGAAGUCUGAUAUGGAAUUUUGCGAGUCAAUAGGAUGGAAUAGCACUACUGGUAAUCUUGUUAUCGACUCCGAGUCACUUACAGUUUCAGUGGCAAUUUGGAUUACUUUAGCUUUCGCCGUUUUUGCCGUUAUCUUAGCAAAAGGAUUUACUUGGAUCAGACAAUAUGUUUUUCAAGAUAAGUACGGAAUUAGCGGUCCAUUCUGGUAUGCUGCAGGAGCAACCGUCCAGCUGCUGCUAUUUGCAGCUCUAUCAGUCCAGUUGAAAAUCAAGGCCCCUGGAGCCAAGACGUUCUUACAAGUGACGUACGCACGAUUCGGAUCAAAAGUUCAUCUUGUUUUCUGUUUUAUGGCUCUGCUGACCAACUUUAUCGUCACCGUCAUGAUGAUGAUGGGUGGUACAGCUGUGAUAAUGAAUUUGGUGCCGGGUUUUAGCCUCGAAAUGGCUUCGCUCAUCCUUGCAGCGAUGAUCGGCAGUUACACAUUUAUCGGAGGCCUGGGCGCUACAUUUUACAUGUCUUAUUUCAAUACUGGUAUCAUCUUUAUUGGUUUACUUGUCUUUCUUACCAAAGUGUACGUCAGAGCCACGGAUCCGGACUUUCCUCUUGGCUCUGUUGAUUCGGUUUAUGAAUACAUUACCUGUGGUGAAGUUACAGCUAAUUCAAACGAGAGAUAUUUCUCCUUUUUGUCUACUAAUGGUCUCAUGUUUGGUAUAAUAAAUCUUGUUGGAAACUUUGGAACGGUGUUUGUUGACCAGUCCUACUGGCAGAGUGGCGUAGCGGCUAAGCCUAAGCAAGGCAUGUGGGGCUUCAUCUCUGGAGGCCUUGUCUGGUUUGCAAUCCCAUUCACCUUUGCUGCUACCAUGGGCUUUUCAUUUUUGGCCCUUAGCUCUUUCAGUGGACAGCAGCUGAUCUCCGAUGAUGAAAUCACCCAAGGACUAGUUGCCCCAACAGUUGCCCGAGCAUUGAUGGGCUACUACGGUGAAGUGUUGAUGUUUAUCAUCAUACUGAUGGCCGUGACGUCGACAGGAUCAGCAGAAGUUAUCGCCAUAACAUCAAUAUUGGUGUACGAUCUCUACAAGAUUCACUGGAGACCAUACAAGGUGUUGGAUAACUGCAACGAAUGCGAGAUCUGUGGAAAGAACCGUGGACGUAAAGCCAAAGAUUCUAACCAGUGCGUGUGUGUGAAGAAGUCUGAAUGUGUGUAUUGCAUCACUGAUGACAGCCUCCGCAAUUCAUGCAAAGAUGCCGUCAAACCAGCAUACAAAUGUACUGUGCAUGGUGACUAUAGAUCAUAUCUCGACUUCCUGGGAGACAAACGUGAUUGGUGCGUGGUGAUGGUGUCACUCGCCAACGUUCCCAUUACGUUGGUGUUUGAUUUACUAGAUUUGAAGAUGGGAUGGUUGUAUACAUUCAUGGGUAUCCCAAUUGCCUCAGCUGUGGUACCUAUCAUCCUCAGUGUUACAUGGGGAAGACUAACCGGGGCCGGCAUGACGAUUGGUGCUAUUGGUGGAAUGAUAUUAGGUGUAGUAACGCUACUUGUUACGUCAUGCUUAGAAGACGGUGGACUUCGUAAUGGACACUUCUUCGAAAAUACCGGCAAAGAAUUCAAUAUGUUGAUGGGUAACAUUGCGGCUAUCGUCGCAGGCGCUGUCUUUUGCGUGGCCACAUCGUUAAUCAAACAGAAGCCUUUGACAGAAGAAGAGGAAGAGGAGGUUUGGGAGAAGACACGUGACAUUGACAAUCCGCUGAUGCCAUGGAGUGAACACUACACCAGAGAGUUCAACAUCCCAAUACAUCUUAGCACAGACCGCCCAACUCUCGCUCAAAUGAAGCAAGUGUUUAGAAAGACCAAGAUGGUCUCAAUUGGUAUAAGUAUAGUUCUGUCCAUUAUCCUUGUCAUCAUUUGGCCGGCAGUCAUGGCUUCACUUGGAGAUCUCUCUUUAGGCGAGUUUACGUUCUGGAUUGGGUUAUCUCAGGCAUGGGCCUACACAGCGGCAACUUUCAUCAUCAUUGUACCAUUGGCACUUGAAUUGCACGAUAUAUAUGUGCACUACAAGAGGUUAAAAUAUGGAGUGAAAAGAGAGGAUAGAAAUGGGGUGGAGUUGGGAGACAAGGACAAAGAUCACACAACGAACUCGGAAUCGCAAGGAUUCUUACAACAGAAUGGUGACACAUCCAAAAAAGAACCAUUGGCUUAAUUUUGAUAAUCGCAUUGAAUUGUACCACAAUUCCGAAAUUGUACUACAAAGUAUUUGCACUGAGGCAGAUAUGUAGGCUGCUGACUUGUGCUAUGCCCACGAGUACUAGGGACAACUUGUACAGCGGUUCCACUUGUGCUAAUGGCCGCUUGUGUACUAAGGCAGAUAUGUACUAUGGCCAACUUUUUCUAAAGUUUUGGUUUAAUUAUAUUUUAAUUUAUGGGGUUCCACUUUGAAGAUUCAAAAACAGUAUAAUACAGUAUUAUAGAAAUAAAUUACUUAAAACAACUUAAUAACUUUCAAAAAUUAGGCCUACCAUCGCAGCUUUAAAAAGAUGUUAAUUUUAAAAGGGGAAACCAGAGAUAACUCAUAGAGAGAACCGCUUGAUUAUAAUGUGGUCUCAUUCUUAUCCUACUCUACAAAACCCUUGCAAGAAAAGCAAAAUAAUGAUAAAAGUUAAAAAUAAAGGGGGAAAACAUGGUAAUGUAAAGCAUCAUCACGCAAUCAUUCAUUCUAUUUUAACAAAAGAUUAGCUAGCAAGAUAAAUUUAGACCUACUUGAAACAUUUCUCAGACUUUGGCAAGUUUAACUUCUUGGACAAGAGCAUUCCAUUUCUUACCAUUAACAUUAGAGAAAUAAACAUAUUUGGAAUCUAUACAUUUUAUGAUUGGCUCCCGGAAAUUCGCUGGACUGCUUUAGGUGUUAUUAGUGGUUGUCACUGAGUGCCCAGUCUAGUUGAUAGGUACGGAAAUGUAUUAUUGAAAAUCCGUAUUUUAAUUUAUUCACAUUGUAUAAACUUAAAGCAGUGUAAACAACAAAAUUUUGGACGGAAAUUUCAACUUGAACUACUGAAAUUUGCUUUCGAUAUUUAAGGCAGGUGAUUAUGGCCGUAUAAACUUAAACGUAAUGUAAACAAUAACAAUUUAUAUAAAACUCGCAUUGUAAAUCAAUCAUAUUACUAUCAGCGAAUUAAUUGGCACUAUGCAAUACUUAAGAUAUAAUAAAUCUAUAUAUUCCUAGUUCAUUAAGAUAUUUUGGACGAAAAUUGAACCGUUUAACAACUGUAUUUUACUUUUGACUAAGCUAUUUUUUUUAUGUUCUACCCCGAUUUGGGUAACACGACCCCGCAGUACUAGGCAUAUGUAGUCUUUGAGUGGUUUGUAACAAGCACGUACAUAAAAUAUACGAGGCACAUGAAUAUAGGAUUGAAUAGGGUGAAGCACGGUGGAGACUGAAAUAAUUACAGUAUUUUAAUAGUUAUAAAGUUGAAAAUUAAUCCCUUGAUGUAAUGAUUUUAAAUUUUAAUAUUUGUUUGAAGCUGCUGACAUUUUGUAUUUACUUGAAGAUAUGCUUUAUAAAAUUCCAGAGCAAACGGCUCAAAACUUUGAAAGGAGUCCUCUGCGAACGGUGAGGUUUCCACAAUGGGAGUAUUUUUCACUCUGCAGUGGGUUAGAUCUUAGCUCUGCAAGUGAUAGUGGUCUUUACUCUAUAGUGGUUUCACUCUCAAUGGGAUUGAUCGUUAUUCGGUGUGAGAGACCAUUACUUUACAGAGAGAAAGCUUUUGCAUUCUGUUCUCUUCAUCAGAGAGAGCGGACAUAAACUCGGCAUCGUUCGUAAGCUCUCGUAGUCGUCUAGAUUCUAGGACGUCGAUGUCCAGAGAACGUAGGACGGUCACGGAUGAGUAAAUUUGUUCUGACGUCACGUCCUCGCGCAAAUCGAAAGCUCUCUAAUAUGUACUGUAAUACUUAAAACUUUGUAACUUUAUAUCGUUAUUUACAUUUGAGUGACUUGUUAUACUUAUUCAUUAGAUAUCGUAGUGUAAGUUUUUUUUUUUUUUUUUUUUUUUAUUUCAACACUGUUUCUUAAGUAAAUAACACCGGUAACCAUGUUAAAAGGCGUCAAAAAUGUUAUGAAGGUAGUUUACCCCUCCCCUUACCAUGGUUGGCAUCGGUUCUAAGUACUCUGUCUUUUAUCACCGCGCUUUAUGAUACACGUAAAUAAUCGUUUACAAAUAAUCUUCGAAGGGAGGAUACCUCAAAGCAAUAUGUUUAGUUCAGCUUUUGCAUAAUUUGCGUGAUACUUGGCUGAUAGAUUUUCGGAUUUAAGCUCAGAGCUUGUAAAAUAUAACUUUCAUACAGACUACCUCUUGUGAGGUAAACUUAAUGUGUGCAAUUGAGAUGACAUCAUGCCUGAAGAAAAAACGAACUAAGAA